CAACGACAGUUGGGAUACCUUCGAUCCUGCUCAACUCGUACUAUCGGUAUCGUGAAGAGCGAACGAGAAAGUACGGUUGCAUUGGUCUGCACCGCCCGCCUAGCUCAAUCGGAUAGAGCGUCAGACUCUUACUGCUAGGCGGAAUCUGAAGGCUGCGAGUUCGACCCUCGCGACGUGAAGUCCUGCCGACAUUUGGUGAACAGUUGAGACACCGACGCCGUCGUUGCUCGCGCAGAACCACGAGGAGUGAAGCCGUGCGCGCUAGCGAUCAAUUCCAUCAACGCGAUCGGGCGGCAUACGCGUCUUGUCUUUUUCGUUCAUCCCGAGCGCGUCCAAGAUGUCGCUCAAGGUCCCCAAAGCAAACAACAUAGAGCUCUUUAAGGAGGGGUACAAGCACCUACAAGGACUCGACGAUGCGGUUCUGCGCAAUAUUCAGGCAGUAGCCGAGCUCUCCGACCUGGUCAGGACAAGUUUUGGUCCCAAUGGCCGCAACAAGCUGAUCAUCAACCAUCUCGGGCGCCUCUUCGUCACCUCCGAUGCUGCCACGAUCAUUCGCGAGAUCGAGGUCGUCCAUCCAGCCGCGAAGCUACUCGUCAUGGCCUCGCAAGCGCAGGAGGCAGAGAUGGGCGACGCGACGAACGAGGUCAUCAUCUUCGCGGGCGAGCUGCUCAAGAAGGCCGAGCAGCUGCUUAUCCUCGGCCUCCACCCGAGCGAGAUCAUCAAGGGGUACGAGAUGGCGUCCGUCAAGGCGCAGGAGGAGCUCGAGAAACUCUCCGUCAAGACCCUCCCUUCCCCGUUGACCACAUCAUCCCUCGCGACUGCCCUCCGCCCCGCGAUCGCGUCAAAGCAGUAUGGCGUCGAGGACAAGCUGGCCGCGCUUGUAGCCGAGGCCUGCCUGGCAGUGAUGCCCCCGAACCCGAAGAACUUUAACGUCGACAAUGUGCGCGUCGUGAAGAUCAUGGGCAGCAGCCUCAACAACAGCACGGUCGUCCAGGGCAUGGUCUUUGGCCGUGAACCAGAAGGCUCCGUCAAGAAGGUGGAGAACGCCAAGGUCGCCGUCUACACAUCCGGCGUCGACAUCUCGCAAACAGAAACGAAGGGCACGGUUCUCCUCAAGAACGCGAACGAGAUGCUGAACUUUACCCGCGGAGAGGAGGAGCAGCUUGAGAAGAUCAUCAAAGAGAUCGCCGACUCGGGCGUCCGCGUCGUCAUCGCCGGCUCCACCGUCGGCGACCUCGCCCUCCACUACCUCAACCGCCACAACAUCGCCGUCCUCAAGGUCCUCUCCAAGUUCGACCUCCGCCGCCUCUGCCGCGUCGUCGGCGCUACCCCGCUCGCGCGCCUUGGUGCCCCGACCGCCGAGGAGGCGGGCCAUGCCGACGUCUUUGAGACCAAGGAGAUCGGCGGCGACCGCGUCACCGUCGUGCGCCAGCUCGGACCCGGCGACCCCGGCUUCAAACCGGACGGCAAGGGCGAGCCGACGCGCACGGCGACCGUGCUCCUGCGCGGCGCGACCGCGAACCGGCUGGACGACCUCGAGCGCGCGGUCGACGACGGCGUGAACGUGCUGAAGGCGCUGCUGAAGGACGGCCGGCUCGUCCCCGGCGCGGGCGCGGCCGAGCUCGAGCUCGCGCGGCGGGUGGACACGUACGGCGCGGGGCUCCGCGGGCUCGCGCAGCACGCGGUGCGGCGGUACGCGCAGGCGCUGGAGGCGGUGCCGCGCGCGCUGGCGGAGAACGCGAUGGGCGGGCGCGCGGGGAACGAGGUCGUGAGCAAGCUGUGGGCGAAGCACGAGGCCGAGGGCGGCGAGGAGUGGGGUGUGGAUGUGGAGGGCGAGUCCGACGGCACCCUUCCUGCUGCGCAGGCCGGCAUCCUCGAUGCGCUCGCCGCGAAGGCGUGGGCGCUGCGUCUGGCGACCGAGGCCGCCGUCAGCGUUCUCAGCGUCGAUAGCAUCAUCAUGAGCAAGCCUGCGGGCGGCCCGAAAGUGCCGCAGCAGGCGGGCAAUUGGGACGAGGAUUAGUGGUAGCGAAAUCUGCAGAAAGAAGAGCGUAGAUGGGGAGGGGAUACUGACAGUAGAGAAGGGACGCGUAGUAUACUCAUUUGUAUCCAUAGUUGCUUCAGCGCGCAAAAGCCACCUUGAUGGCCACAAA